AUGUCUGUGAUUGUCGAUAUGGGCAUAUUAUAUUCCAUCGCAAACGGUUUUUCGCUGGGGCUGUUUGACAAAGUGCGCAAGAUGCUUGUUUCAAACAAUGCUGACGUCGAAAUAUUGCACUUCUCUGACUUUGAGCAGGAAAGCCCUCAAAGGACAAGACUGUGCCCCAUGAUUCGCAUGAACGCUGUGCAGAAAUCGCGUGCUAAGCCUUUUUCUGCCAUAAAUACCUGUAUCGACCUGCCAGAAAAUGGGCCAUCGUCGUCAAUAGACGGCAGCAAGAUAGCAGAUGUGCAAAGCUAUUAUCCUAGGCAAUUGAGCUCUCCCGUGCAGGCCAUGGCGUUGCCGGAGCUGUCAAGGACGGUUUCUGAUAUCUCCAAUCAGUCCAGCCGCGCUGACACUUCUGAGUCUAUCGCAGCUUUCCAGAUCGUGUUUGACGACCAUAUCAUGCCAGGAACGGUGGCACGCUAA